CAAAGACUGCUGGUACGGUUUAAACAGCUGGACAGAGAGAAAGCCACAACAACGGCUCACUGAGUUUAGCACACAGCCCUUUGAAAUAUAUAUACCCCUCCCCGAUAACAUCUCUUUUGAUUUCUGUUUCUGUCAUGAGGAGAACUUGGUGGUAGAGUAGAAUUUCAAAAACGACUGAAUGUCAUAUAUCAAUCAAUAUGCAAUGUCCAUCGCUGAGCCACGUGUCCAGGAGGGCAUCAUCGGCUACAACAUCAUCGCAUUGUACAACUUCACCAUUUUGUUUCAUCUCUGUGACGUUGCUGUGACGUGGAGGCUCCAAACACACCUUCACUUCCGGCACAUGUGGUGCUCUGACUGAGGCAGGACUUUAGACUCCGCAGGGAGUGUGUCUGAGCAGGGAGAACUGCAGACUUACAGUAAGAAGGACAUUACUGUUGGUUGUGUUUGAUCUCUUUCCUCUUCAGUAUCUCUCUCUGUCCUCAAGAACGACAGCAAUAACAGGAAGCAGGUUCUCUGUGUGAACAGCAGCAGUCCCUUUUGUCUGGUGUGAUGGACGGGACAGGGCUGUGACUGGGUGGAGAUCUUGGAGCCGCGCUCGCAGGAGCGCAUGUACGUGAACCUGGCCUCGGGGGAAUGUGGCUGGGAGCCCCCCCCAGGCGCCGCCGUGCGCCAGUCCGACGGCAGCCAGUGGUGGGAGCUGUUUGACAGCCACAACAACCGCUUCUACUACUACAACAGUGCCAGCCAGCAGACGGUGUGGCACCGGCCCCAGGCCUGCGACAUCGUGCCCCUGGCCCAGCUACAGGCCAUGAAGAGGAGCUCAGAGACGGGCCUGAGCGGCCCCAUCAAGCCCCAGAGAGGGGGAGGAGAGGGCCGUCGCACACCCCUACCUAACCAGGCCUACCCCAUGCCCCCCUCCCAGGACCCUGACAGCAGCGGGAGGUCGACCCCGUCUAAGGGGCUCUGUGACAGCCUGGAGAACAGGAAAGAUACCCCCAGGGACACAGGUCAAAGAUGGCAGCCUGCUCCAGGGUCGAAGGCAGCCAUGUUAGUGAAGGUGAACAGCAUUGGCAGGAACCAAUCCAUGGUGCCCCCUAGCGCUCUGCACCUCCUCCACCACAACAACCUCAGCCCUGGAAGCCCUGCUGUGUACCAGGUCCACUCCGACAGACCCAGCCCUGCAGGCAAGAUGGCUUCCCCCGUGGACCCCAAGCAAGCUUUCCACCUGAAGAAGGGAGACAAUGGUAACUUCUGCCUGGUGAUGCCCUCCACUGGCAGCAAGGUCCACCAGACCCCCCAGAGGUCUCAGGCUGGCACCCCCAGGCCCUCCUCGCCCCAGUACGGUGCCACUCCACCCAUCUAUGAUGAACCCCCCAUGGAUCCACCUAUAUAUGAUGAACCCCCCAUGGAGGUGGAGGGGGCCCACCUCCUGAACAGGCCCUUCACCCCCUCCACCAGCCUACAGAGGGUCCGCCAGCCCCAAUCGCACCCCCAGAACCAAUCCCAGCAGCAGCCCAAGCUUCUCCAAUACCCAGCUUCUCACCUGAGCUCCAAACACAAGAGAAACCCCUCCGCCACAGAUUACAGCCCCGCUGGACGGGAGUGCAUCAAACACAUGGUCAACGUGGACCCUGCCACCUGCAAACAGAGCCCCUUAUCCCAGCCUGUCCAGACAGAGCAGGGCCCUGCCCCAGAGCCUGCCCUGCCCCCCUCUCCAUCCCCCUCCCCAGCCCCAGGUGCGAUCCAGCCCAGGCCCAAGGAGGUGAGUCUAGAGAAGAAGCAGUCGUGGCGUCUCCUGGAGGCCAGCGCGAGGAAGAACAUGGAGGCUCGACACAGCCGACAGAACAGCCUGGCCUCCCAAGAGUACCCGGCACCGGCGGCCGUUACCUACCAGGACUCAGGCUACUCUACGGGGCCCUCGCCCAGCCUGAGGAGGAAGAACCGCAGGAGAGCUCUGGGCGGAGGGGCUGGGGGUGCAGGGCAGGGCCGGCCAGGCUCGGUGGGCAGCACUGGGGAGCUCAGUGCCCUGAAUGAGAAGCUGAUGGCAGAGAUGCGGGCGGUGGUGAGUCGCUCAAACACCCUGCGUGGCAGCAAGGCCAGCCUGGACACAGAGAUGUCUGAGGGGUCUGUACCACGGGCCCGUUCCCCCUUAAACUCCCUAAAGAAGCACGGGGGCCGCAGCGCCUCUCGGGAGGACAUCAGUGCCAGUAACCGCUCUCUGUAUCGGGCCGGGAGCGGGAGUAACCACGGCGACGUACCCCUCUCGCCCUUGGUGUCAGACGGCAUGGUGCGUCAGAAACGGACCUAUGAGAAGGUGGACACUCUGGAGAAAAGCAUCACCAGCCAGAACAGCCUGUCCUCCCCAGAGCCCCCCAUGUCCCCCUCCCAGGCAGGAACACUGGAAUCCAAGGCCCAGUCCGAGUCCUCAUCGCACAGGGGAGGUAAUGGUCACGGGGGCACCCGGGGUUCCCCCCAUAGAGUUAUCGUGACUGGAGACAGAGGAGAAGGUGGGGGAGGUGGAAAAGGAGGUUUGGGUUACCAGUACCCUUACACCACCCUCUGCAAACCUCCUCCAGACGCCAACAUGGUGGACUGGGCCAGUAAGAACCUGAACCAACACACUCAGGGCCUGUUCCGCCGCCGCGUCUCCAUCUCCAACAUGCUCUCCUGGAAUAGGGGCUCCAUUAAGAAGCCCAUGCUGAUCACCAGCGACCGCACAGUCAAGAAGGAGGCCUGUGAUAUGUUCAAACUGGUCCAGGCCUACAUGGGGGACCGUCCAGCCCGGCUGGAGCGCCGUCACGCUGCCCUGCUGGUGGUCACUAAGUGCUGGGGCAUGCAGGGCCUGAGGGACGAGCUGUACGUCCAGCUGGUCAGACAGACCACUGACAACCUGAGCCUGAGGAGCCUGGAGGCCGGCUGGGAACUCAUGGCCAUCAGCCUGGCCUUCUUCUCCCCCUCACCCAAGUUCAGACGCUACCUGGAGGGGUACAUUCAGAGACAUCUGGAGCCCUCCAACGACAAGAAGAUCAUGCAGCACAUUACGGAACAACAGGACAUGAAGAACAAGAAGAAUUCAAAGUCCCGGAAGAAGAGGAAGCAGAACAAUGAGGAGGAAGAAGAGGAGGGCCUGCCAAUCAGCACUUAUGCCAAGUACUGCUAUCGCAAGCUGCAGAAGGUCGCCGUCACUGGGGUCAAAAAGGGUCUAAGGAAGCCCACCCUGGAGGAGUUAGACCAGGGGAGGAAAGACAUUGUGACCCCCUCCCUGUUCGGCAGUGCUCUGGAGGAGAUCAUGGAGCGUCAGAGUGAGCGGUUCCCGGAGCGCAGGCUCCCCUGGGUGCAGGUGCAGCUGUCCCAGUACGUCCUGGCCCUGGGAGGGGCCCAGACAGAGGGAAUCUUCAGGGUGCCUGGAGAUAUUGACGAGGUGAAUGCACUGAAGCUGCAGGUGGAUCAGUGGAAUAUUCCCGAAAACCUUGGCGACCCCAAUGUCCCAGCGUCUCUGCUGAAGCUGUGGUACAGGGAGCUGGAGGAGCCAGUCAUCCCUCAGAGCUUCUAUAAGCAGUGCAUCAGUAACUAUGAGGAUCCAGAGGCAGCGAUCAGUGUGGUGCAGUCUCUGCCUGAGCUAAGCAGGCUGGUGCUCUGCUACUUUAUACACUUCUUACAGGUGUUUGCCCAGCCCGUCAAUGUGAGUAAGACCAAGAUGGACGUGAACAACCUGGCCAUGGUGAUGGCUCCCAACUGUCUCCGCUGCCAGUCGGAUGACCCGCGCAUCAUCUUUGAGAACACACGGAAGGAGAUGUCCUUCUUACGCAUGCUCAUUGUUCACCUGGACACCAGCUUUGUCAAGGGCAUCAUCUGAGGAGGCCUCCUCUCGACCGCUCACACCACUCUCUACCGCCACCUCACCCACAAGCCCGCUGUUCCUUCACACAUGUCACAUGUCAACCUUCUCUCUGGUUCACUGACACCACAUUCUGAGGACUACAGACAGUGGACUGCCCGGAAAGUGACUGGACAUCAAGACAGAUUUCCUGCUCUGAAUCAUCUCGUUUGAGACGUUGGGACAAGCUCACAUGUGAUGGUAAUGGGAGACCGUUCAUCAGUUUUAAAGCACACUGCAGGACAUACUGUACAUACUAUAUGUAUCUCCCCAUGUUUCUGCUCCAAACACUGGACCGUGCCGGCGUGAGAUUCAUAUGAAGAGCAGUCACAAUAGGAGACUGUGAUGCACAUUAAGCCAGAGUGCAGGGAGAAAUCAAGACAAAAUCUCAUUUGUAAAUAUGGGUUUUUAAAGGAUUACUUCCUGCUAUGAUCGCCACAUACAUAUCUGACACUAUGGUCAUGAAUUAUGUCUCGUCAUGUGUUCUGAAAUAACUAAAUGAGGGGAAACCCACUCUGUAUUAUCACCAUUCUCUUUCCUUUAUUGUAAUAGUGUAUUCAAGCAAUGUUUUCCUUCUCAUUCUAAGUUAAUUUGGAAUGCUUUUUUUGUCUAAUUUAAUAUGAAUUCUGUCUGGGUUGACAGAGCUGCAGGAUGAGUUGACAAAAAAGGUUUAUGCUACUCCUGACCUCUCCACUGGCCUCAGAGACAGGUUCACUCUCGAGGUUAAAAAAAACACAUUUAUUUCUGAAUUAAAGUUUCUCUAGCAGGAAAAAUGAUUCCCAAUCAGUAAGGCAUAGAUGUGUGUACAUGUGUUAGAGAUACUGUCUUGGACUAAAAUCAUUAGGAGCAUUUCUUGUAGCACUUUCAGCUGUUUUACUCCAGACACAUACAGUGGGCUUAUUUCCCAUCCGUUCAGAGAAACACAAUUAUACCUUUGAUGGAGCUUGUAAAAAAGCAAAGUUGAGCUAUUAGCAGGUCAGGGGAAAAGAAUGCAGGAGAAAAUGAGAGUGCUGUCGCUGCCUGUAGCUAAAGCCUCACCCACGCCAACAGUUGUGAAUUUACAGUGCGAGCCAUAGGGAGGGGCCAUCUGGCAGUGGUUUGAGGGUCUGAGGUACAUUAGUGCCAUAGACUGGGAGGAAAACCAUUAAGACAAAACACAAGCUGAUUUACUAUUUUUAGACAGUGUUGCCUAACAAGGACUUUCCUAUUCCUCUAAAUCUCGUGCCUCAUGAGGGGAAGAGGGUUUAAAAUCCAUAUUUCAGCUGUCUUAACGGCCAUGCUGUCGCUGUUAUAUUUAGCAGUGUUGUCAGGGUUUGGGUUUUAGCACCCCACAUGUUUUCUCUGUGUCUACCUCAUCUUAGUGAUGGGCUCUGUGCUGCAAGGCUGUCCGUGUUUGCGGGUGUGUGCGGGUUUGUGUGCACGUGUAUGUACGUUUUUGCACAUCAGUGUGGGUGUUUGUGUAUCGACUGUACGUGUGUGUGUGUGUGUGUGUGUGUGUGUGUGUGUGUGUGUGUGUGUGUGUGUGUGUGUGUGUGUGUGUGUGUGUGUGUGUGUGUGUGUGUGUGUGUGUGUGUGUGUGUGUGUGUGUGUGUGUGUGUGUGUGUGUGUGUGUGUGUGUGUGUGGUAUCAGAGAUAGAGAAGCUUGUGUUCAUACAGCACACUCUCCCUAAUUCCUGGAAGCUGGAGCCCCUAAAUUAGAGGGUGUGUUUAGCCAGAAUAAUGUAUCUGGAGGCUAGAUGGUUGUUAACCCCUUUUCUGCAGUCACAGCUUUUACAGCGGCCGUGACUCUGUGCCUCCAUUUCUGCUUUACUGUUCAUCUUUUGAAAACCUAAACCCCCAGGGUUGAGUACUCCAUAGCCACAUUGGAGGAUAUAACCAGUUUUCCAUCACCUCCAGCCAGCAGGGGCAGUGCUGAGGUGGGCAGGGUGCACAAUGCCGGUAUUUCUGGGAGUGCAUCAGGGAUAUACAGUUGAAGUUCACAUACACUUAGGUUGGAGUCAUUAAAACUCAUUUUUCAACCACUCCACACAUUUCUUGUUAACAAACUAUAGUUUUGGCAAGUCGGUUAGGACAUCUACUGUGUGCA